AUGAUGACGUGCCGUCUGCUGUACGCCCUGUUGGUGCUCGCCCUGUGCUACUGCCCUUCCGUAUGCGUUGCGCAGGAUCCUGAAAAAGUUCAAGCUCCUGAUGUUACUUUAACCCCCAGCGUUACACUGUCCCUUCCAUCAGAGGAACCGCUUGAGGAGGCCGGUGAGUCAGAGUCGCUAAAUACGGGGGCCGAUACGGAAAGGGGAAAAGCUGUCUUAGUGGGAGAACAAAGUUUGGCACAUCCGGAACAGCAAUCAAAAGGCGCACUCAGUAAGUUGCAGACAGAAGUUGCGAACAGUACUACAGAGACACAAAGUCUCACGCACCCAUCCGCAGAGAAAGCAGGUCAGAAAGCCGAAGAUCCCGCAAAGACGACCAAGACGACAAACAAAUCUCCAGCCCAGACGACCACAACCACAAACGCACCAACCACGACAACCACCACUGCGCCAGCCACCACAACACAGGCACCAACCACGACGACUACAGAGGCGCCAGCUGUGUCGACCACCCGCGCACCGUCACGUCUUCGCGAAAUUGACGGCAGCCUCAGCAGCUCUGCGUGGGUGUGUGCCCCGCUGCUGCUCGCCGCAUCCGCGCUGGCGUACACCGCUGUGGGCUGA